GGUCUGCAGAAUCCUCUUUGGUCCCCAGACAGCCUCAGCCUUUCCAAAGAUGGCCUGGAGACAGCUGUUUCUGAUCUGUCUUGCAGCCAUUGCACUCCUGUCCAUGCUGCGGGAGGGGGCCGCUGUGUCAGUGGGCAUGAGGCAGGUGGCAGGACAAGAGGCACAGGAUGACGUGGAAGAGAUUUUCAUGCAGGAAUCAGAUGCCUUGAAUUUCCUCAAGAAGCGCAGCAAGCGAUCCCCUAGAUCCCAAGACGAGGUCAAUGUGGAGAACAGGCAGAAGCUGCGGGCAGACGAGCUGCGCAGAGAGUAUCAUGAAGAGCAAAGGAACGAGUUUGAGAACUUCGUGGAGGAGCAAAACGACGAACAGGAAGAGAGAAGCCGGGAGGCCAUCGAGCAGUGGCGCCAAUGGCAUUACGAUGGCCUAUACCCAUCCUAUCUCUACAACCGCCACCACAUCUGACCUCAGUUUGAGGGACACAGAAGAUGGAGCCUGAGACAUCCACCCACCCCCGGUAGUUGGGCACCUCUCCCGCACACAAACAGGCCCCUUCACAGGGCCUCAGUCGCCUAGGGCCUUCUGUUCUCACGGAAGGAAAUGUCCAGGCUUGCGCUUCUUGGCAGAUGAUUUUCUGAGGUGAGCAAAGGCCUGUGGGGCCUCCUGGUGUCACUAGAGUUUCCCUGUUGCUUCCCCAUUGCUCCCACAGAGACUCCUGGUCCACAGAAAAAUGAGAAAUCACAGUAAAGAAAAGAUCAUGUAUCUGCUUACAGCUUAUGAAUAAAAACGCUGAAUCCACACUGUAUUGUCUUCUCGAAUCUCAUGCUGAGCGGUGCCAACUUGUCCCUCCCAAAUGACAGUGGGGCUCACAGACUUUGGUGUCAGGAAGCUUGGACUCGGGAGCAUGUCUCACUAUUUCAUCAGCCUGUCUCAGUAGUUAUGUGACUGAAAGGGACCUGUAAAUGCAACUGUUUGGGGAAAAACCAUUCUCUGAGCCCAGGUGCUUCUCAUGUCUCUGAAAAGUCUUAAGGUUCAAUGGUGGUUUCUUAAUGGCAUUAAUCAAAAGCCAGGGUUACAGUGAGGCCAGCUAUAAACAAAAGUAGCCAGCAGAUAAGGUUCAGUUGUAGUAUUACUACUUUUUCUUCAUAGUUUGUUAGAGCUUCCGUUAACAGCGUGCCAGAAACUGGGAGACUUAAAAACAGUGAACAUUUAUUCUCUCACAGUUCUGGAGGCUGGAUGUCUGAAAUCAAGGUGUUGGCAGGGCCACACUCCCUCCAAAGGCUCCAGGGGAGAUCCUCCCUUGCCUCUUCUAAUUUCUGGGGGCUCAGUUGUCCCCUGGCUUGUGGCAGCAUCGCUCCAGUCACUCCUUGCACCGUCACGUGGCCUUUAGUCCCCAUGUCUCUACACACUCCUCCCUGUGUCUAUUAUAAGGACACCAGUCAUUAAGGGUGUCUACUACCUCAAUAACUUAAUUACAUCUGUAAAGACCCUAUUUCUAAAUAAGGUCAAUAUUCACAGGUCUCGGGUUAGGUUUCUGUAUAUCUUUUCC